GUUGUCACUCGUUUUGCUCCUAGUCCUACUGGUUUUAUGCACCUCGGAGCUCUGAGAACAAGUCUUUUCAAUUAUUUAUUUGCAAGAAAGAAUGGAGGAAAAUUCCAUCUUCGUAUAGAGGAUACAGAUCAAAAAAGACUGGUUCCAGGUUCUGUAGAACAAAUUCAAAACACUCUCAAAUGGGCUUCUCUAAAUUAUGACCCUAUUACAUUACAAGAUGGUACGGUUAUUGACCAUGCAGUACAAUCACAAAGAAAUGAAAUAUACCAAUAUUAUGUUCAACAAUUGCUCGACAAUGGUUAUGCCUAUAAAUGCUAUUGUACUGAGGAAAGAUUAGAAGAAGUAAGAAGUGUUAGAGGACCAAGUAAAUAUGAUAGACAUUGUCUCUACUUGUCAGAAGAGGAAAAACCAAAGGAAGCUUCCUAUACUAUAAGAAUGAAAAUACCUGACAAUAUUCAAUACACAGUGUUUGAGGAUAAAGUGUACGGAAAAAUCAAAAUUGAAAACAAAAUAGUUGAUGAUCAAGUACUUAUGAAAUCAGAUGGUACACCAACCUAUCAUUUAGCUAAUGUAAUAGAUGACCAUUUAAUGAAGGUUUCUCAUAUUAUCAGAGGUCAAGAAUGGAUUUCAAGUACUCCAAAACAUUGUAUUCUCUAUGAUAUGUUUGGAUGGGAAAGACCAACUUUUUCACAUCUUCCAUUACUUUGUAAUGAAGACGGAUCAAAAUUAAGUAAGAGACAAGGCCAUGCCAGUGUUGAUUAUUACGUAAAUAUGGGUUAUUUACCUGAGGCUCUUACUAACUUUGUAGCAUUGUUAGGUUGGCAUCCAGGAACUAAUGAUGAGAUUUUCACAUUGGAAGAAUUGGUAAAGAAUUUUGAUUUGGAAAAAAUUAACAAAGGAAAUUGCAAAGUUGAUUUACUUAAAUUGGAAUGGAUUAAUUCUCAACAUAUUCGUACCAAGAUUGAAAAAGAUAUGGACCAAUUUUUAGAAAUACUCAGGCCACAUUUGCAACAAAAGUCUAUCAAAGAGGAUGAAUAUUUAAGAAAGAUUGUAUAUAUUGGACGUGAAAGAAUCAAGAGAGUACCUGAUUUUGUUGAUUUCUUUGACUAUUUCUUU